UUAGGAUAUAAAUGUGUGCUCCAAAGGCUCAGAAACUCCAUAUCUUUUCCCCUGUAGAUUCUCCUCUUCGAAGUAAUUCCUGAACCAGAAUUUAUCUCUUGUGUAGGUUUCUUCACAAUCUGCAGAAUUUAUCUUGUUCUUCACAAUGGGUGAUUAUGGUAAGAGAAGUGGGCAGAUACCAGCAUUUGGAGACUGGGAUUAUGCAAAUGAUCUGCCUAUAACUCAGUACUUCGAAUGUGCUAGACAAGCAGGUUUGAUUCGUUUCAGCUCUUCAUCUGGUGAAUCUAAUCCUUAUGUUCAUGACUUGUAUGAAGUUGAUUCAAGGAAACAUUCUCGUGGUCUUGCUCCUUCUAGAAAGGUGAGUAGGGUAAGGGAGAAGGGAGGAGCGCAUGUUAAGGAGCAAAAGAAGGGAGGCAGAGUCCGUGACGUGACGGAACCGCCGAGGAAAUAUCAGCCCCACCAUCAUGUGUCGUUGUCAAAUAAUAAUUACAGCACGACAAGAAAUGGUAAGCAACUUAAAUACGACGACGUUGCUACCAGUCCCAAGAGAGUUCCUGUUCGACAACCCAAGCCUGUUGAUGAAGAUCUCUACAAAAUCCCCCCUGAGCUCCUCCACUCUUCCAAGCGAAAGAAGAUGCCAGGAUUCUUUUCAUGCUUGGUUCCAGCUUGUGCAACUUGAAGCUCUCAUCGUUUUGUGCAUGAAAAUGAAGAAUUUAAUGUUUAUAUAGAAAGGAAAAAGAUAUGUAGUUCAGUCCAGUUUGUUUUUU